GGCUGGAGUACGAAGCACCUCACUAGGCUCACUUAACAUUCCGGCUCCUAAAGAUCGCCUGAUGAGGCUUGCACCCUCCUUCAGCUAAAGGAACAAGCUGCAAGCAUACCCUGCCUUCCAUUGAACUCGUAUCUUCAAGUGCUUCCGGCUUAUCUCUAGCACCUAUCUUACCCUGGGCGCCGGGAAGGUUCGAGGGUCGUCGCAAUGCAGGUUCCCCUAAUUCGACUCCAAUGCGGGGCCAAUUCGUAUGACUGGGGAAAGAAAGGCAACGCAUCCGCCGCUGCCAGGUUUGCUGCCGCCACGCCGUCCGAAGGUUUCACGGUCCAAGAUGAUCGCCCAUACGCAGAGUUAUGGAUGGGCACCCAUCCAUCGAACCCCUCCAAGGACCUGACGACCGGGCGUACCCUCCUCGAUCUCGUCCAGGACAACCGCGCGCUUCUAGCGCCGUCAGUUGCCGCUCGCUAUGGAAACAAGCUUCCGUUCCUGUUCAAAGUCCUCUCCAUCGACAAGGCGCUGUCGAUCCAGGCGCACCCCAACAAAAAGCUUGCCGAGCAGCUCCAUGCCAAGGAUCCCAAGAACUACCCAGAUGACAACCACAAGCCCGAGAUGACCAUUGCCAUCACGCCUUUUGAGGGUCUCUGUGGGUUCCGGCCCCCAGAGGAAAUAGGACACUUUCUCCAAUCGGUGCCAGCGCUGCGUCAACUGGUGGGUGAAGACAAGGCCCAGGAGUUCGUCUCCGUCAUCGAGAGUACAAAAGAUGAUCAAUCGGAAGAUGCCGUGGGACGGAAGAAGAAAGCAUUGAAAGACGUCUUUGGGUCGCUCAUGUCCUCCUCUGCAGAGGACAUGGCUGCUGCUUCGAAGGUGCUCGUCGAGUCUGCCGCCAGUGAAGGGGCCAGUUUUGCCGCAGGCGGCGUCAGUUCGACUCCCGGAUCAGUCCUGGCUGAGCUAGUCACGCGUCUCCAUGGCCAGUUUGGACCCGACUAUGGUCUUUUUGUCCUGUUCUUCCUGAACUACGUAACCCUACAACCGGGCGAGGCUCUUUUCCUCCGUGCUGAUGACAUCCACGCCUACGUUAGUGGCGAUGUUGUCGAGUGUAUGGCCAGCAGCGACAAUGUUGUGCGGGCGGGCCUCACUCAGAAGUUCAAGGACGUCGACACGCUCGUCAGCAUGCUCACGUACGACUAUGCGCCCAUCGACGAGCAAAAGAUGCAUCCUACCGAGUAUCCGUAUGUGGUGCUCAACCGGAUAGCUUACAGCUCUGGGUCUACCGUGACGCUUUACGACCCUCCCAUCGAUGAAUUCAGUGUGGUGCGCACGACUCUCAAGGGCAGCGGGUCAAAGGCUACCUUCGACCCGCUGGAGGGCCCUAGCAUCAUCCUCUGCACUGCGGGCAAGGGCAAAAUCUCGGUUGGCCCGACAUCUCAAGAGAUCAAGGAAGGAUAUGUGUUUUUCGUGGGCGCCACCGCUGAAUGCGUUCUUGAGUCCGAGGGCGCCAAUGAUGAUGAUGAAUUCAUCACUUUCAAGGCUUUUUGUGAAGUCGAGGACCACCGGAAUGGAGCCUCAUAGACGAGGAGAUCUGGGAGAAAAGAUGACGACGACAUGCCAGGCGAAUUAGACACUUUUUCUGUGUGCAGACCGGUGGGCGUCCAUCACCAGACGCACCCAUCACUAAUACAAUGUCUCCAUGGACACUUGAGUUGACAGUACUAGCGUUGGAUUUUGGGAUUGAGCUAAGAGUGUGUUCUUCCAGAACGUGAAUAUCUGAUUCGGGCGGCUCCGUCCCGUUCCCCGUUGGCAGGGUAUCAAUGUCUGCUGCCGGUCGAUAUUUAUAGCUUCUGUGAAUAAAAUUCCCGGAAUCGAGACCCCCUAUUCAACCGUCAAAUUGGUUAGACGGGGAUUACCUCCCCUGC